AUGUCGAAGACUGUCCACGACAUGCCCCACCCGAGUAACCCGAUGGACGGAGUCCAGUCUCUUCACGGCGGGAGGAGCGAAAGCAGUCUCCUCGACGCUCUGACCGAGACCCUUUGGAGGCUCCGAGCUGCCAGUCGCCGCAGAGACCGUCGUGACGGGGCGGCGGCGGCGGCGGCGGCAGGGAGGAGAUGCAGGGGAGGAGAACCGGGUGGCGCAGGUGGAGGGGAAUGGCCGCCAGGCAGCAGAGAAGCGACGCUCAGUCCCGCAGAGGGCGACCAAGACGUUGAGGAGCGAAGAGGACCUUCUGACAAAGAGCGGGAGGAAAGAGAGUGCCAGCGGAGGGUUCUGGGAGUGUUGAGGGAGCUGAGUGUUUUGCAUGCAGAGCGAGUGACUGCAUGGAGAGGGGUCCUCAGAGAAGGGGCCCACGGGUCCUCGGCAGGGGGCCGUGAUCGGCCGCAUCCACCCGCAACAGACUGCACCGUCGCACCUUGUUCACGCUCCUUCGAUGACACUUUCCUGAGCGUCGAGAAGAACGUAGACAACAUGGUGGACGCGAUUAACGCGACCUUAGCCCACCUGGAUGAAGAAAUCCUCAGGUCACGUGCGGCGGAGGCCUCGGCCGCGGACGCGGCGCUCCGCGCCACCGGCGAUCCCGAAGAACCGGAGCGGCCCGAGGGCGACCACGCCGGAUCGGACUCUGGGCGCAAACGGGGCGACGGAGGCGGAGAUGCGACGCCACGAGCGUCCGACGCGAGGGUCGGCGGGACGGUCGCCUGCGACGAUGCGGAAGAGCCGGGAAGUCAAGGGGAAGGAAGGGAGGACUGCGUUUCUCUCCAGAGGGAGAGCGAUUCCCCGGAGGAGAGGGAAAAGGACACAAAUAGGAUAAACAAGGAAUGGAUCCAAGUUGGGCUCACCGGUGAACAGGGGGGGACCGACUGGGAUGUACCCGACGCGUGCUUCGUCCGGGCACCCAGGGGCGUCGCCGGAGUCCUGAGAUGCGAGGCGGCCGACGCCCUGAGCUGCCUGAUGGUGACCGGCUCCGAGGAAUUGGUCAGCCGAGUGAUCAGGGUCGAAGUUCACGCGGGAGCCGACAUCCACUUCCCUGUGACGAUUGCCGUGCCCUUCUGCGCGCGUUACCGCGGCAACUACAGGGACGUCGCCGUGAAGAUCGUCGAUGGGGAGAGGAGGGCCAGCUACGUCACUCCUGUGACUGCAGAGGGAACGUAUGGAGGGCAGAGGGGCUCAUUUGCCGAGGUGAAGGUGUACUCCCUGGGCCUCUUCGCAGUGGUUUCCUGUUUGAAAAAGGAAAACUUCACAGUUCCCACUAAAGGUGUGUCACUCAAGCUGACCGCGGACCACCGAAUCUGCCUGAACUACCCCCCGGGAUCCUUCGCCGCGCCAGUGAUGGCCCAAACCGUGAUCCAGCCGCUGGAUGCCGUCCUUCUGGCGGCCGUCAAGUCCCGGAGCGACGCCUAUCACCCGGUGGCGUCCACGAGUCCGCUGCUCCACCUCGCCCACCCGUCCUCCCAGAGCCUCAGGAGACCCCUCACGGUCACCCUGCCCUGCGCUCCCCCGAACCCCGAAAAGAAGAGGCCCGCGACGGGGCAAGAGGAGGAGCUGGAGGACCAAGCUCCCUCGCCGCGGGGUCAAUCUGCUCGCCACGUGGCGAGAGUGCCGGGGAACUCUGUGAAGUCGAAGGAGGUGUCCAGCGAGCUGCUGAGUGUUCUGGGCUCUAGGGACCAGCAGUGGAGCGUCCUGGACGAAGUCGUGGUCCGGAACCAGCAAAACGGACUGGUGUCCUUCGAGCUGACGGAGAACUUUGACAGGCUGCUGGCGGUGCGCCUCCUCUCUCCGCUGCGGCCCUGUCGCCUCGCCUCCCUGGCGGGGGAGCUGGAGGAGUCGUCCCGGUGCCACGCCGUCACCGUCGUCCUGCAGCGGCGGCGGGACGAGCCUCGCGCCGUCCUGGCGGCCGCCCUGCCCAGCAGGGAGCUCCGCUGGGAGCUGUCCAGGCUGCGGGCCCGGGGCUACGGGGGCCUCUCGGAGGCCGCGUCCGAGAUCUCCAUGUGCGAAGGGGACCAGCUUCUGCUGCGUUUUGCCGGCAACAUCGCCUCCGAGGGUAAUGCCCCUGCUGUAGAUCGGAUCCCUUUCCACUACCAGCAGAGGAGCCACCUGGUGGUGCGUCUGACCGAAGUGGACCCGUUCGGGAACCGCAGCUCGCCCCACUACAAGGGCACGGCCGUGUUUUACAAGGUCACCCGAGGUCAGCUGCAGUGGCGAGGAGACGGGCCGGUCCCCAUGGACCCGAAGCUUCUGGGGGACCCCGUGUGCAAGCUGUCUCUGACCUUGCCGAAGAGAGAGAGGGCCGUCCAUCGGCCCAUCGCAGUCCGUGUGAAGCCAUGCGAGGAGACGGACUCCCUGCCGGACUCUCUGCUCCUGUGGCUGUCCGGGGAGCUUUCGGGGGAGGAGGAGGUGGCGCGGCUGGUGCUGUCCCUGCGCCUCCGGCGGAGCGCCGCUCAGCUGGCGAGGCUCCGUUGCGGGGACAGCCCGUCCGCCCAGGCCUUCCGCGUCCUGACCACGUGGAGGAGGGGGCUGCCCGCCGCCAGCCACCACCCCAAGGCCUCCCAGCUCGCCCGCUGCUUGGCCAAGAGCGGCAGGCCGGACCUGGCCAGGGAGCUGCUGCUGCGGCAGGCCGCACGCGCCGGGCCGUCGUCGCCGACGCCGCAGAGCAGCGAGCACGCCGGUGUUUGAAUGGCUGCGGUUGCAGUUUGGGGUUUGAGCCACAAGAGGUCAGCAUUGGACUGUGAGAUUGAGUGGUCUAUUCCAGUCGAUGAGGUUCAUGAGCCGACCCCCAAAGACUUCGACCAAGUAAAAAUAAAUCCAUAUUUUUUUUCUGCCUCAUUGUCUUAUGACCACUUAUGAUUUUCUUUUGACCCCUUGGAGGGCCCCGAACCUUAGGCUGUGAACCAGCAGGGUUUGGUGAGCUAAAUCACAUGUAGUGUAAUGUGAUUUAUUAGAUAUGAAAAAUCUGUAUUUAGUUUAGUCAUUUGCAAUGGACACCUCACCUCAUGUUAUGGGUUUACAAUGCAAUAGAUCUCUUUCUAGACUAGAGACACAAGCGUGUUAAAUAAUUCCAUAUAGUUUUUUUUAAUGUUUUAAUGUAUAUUACACCUAAACUGUAGGCUGUUCGACUCGUAGCCUUUCUCAGGUUCAUUUUGUAUGUUUAUACUGAAUACUUGGUCUCCACAGACGACCAGUCAGCCAUCAGCUCUCUGUCUAAACAAACGCUGACACUGAGCUCUGACCUCUUCUUGGCUCGCUGACAUGUCGUCUGUAAGUCGUGACAGCGUCGGAUGAUGGUUACUGAUUGGAUAAGAAAGGCUUUUUCUCAGCAUAAUAAAAGUGCAUUCAUGGUUUUGAUAUGAGUUUGAGUUUAACUGAGCCUUUAAAAUAAACAAAAAUGUUGGAAU